AUGACUACGUGCCGUCUGCUGUGCGCCCUGUUGGUGCUCGCCCUGUGCUGCUGCUUAUCCGUGUGCGUGACAGCGAAUGGUGAUGAUUCCGAGACCACAACGACAACCACGACGACAAAGCCGCCAACGACGACUACAACCACGACGACAAAGCCACCAACCACGACUACAACCACGACGACAAAGCCACCGACGACGACUACAACCACGACGACAAAGCCGCCAACGACGACUACAACUACGACAGAGGCACCAACUAUUACGACGACAGAGGCACCA